UACCGAUCGUCUUUCCCGCAGGGCUCACCGUUUUUCUUCAUCAGUCUCGCGGAACGGCAGCAGCAGCACAAAACGUCAUUCACUCUUUUUAUAUUUUCCAACCAGUCGUCGAAAAGAAAAUAGUUUUUUUCGUGCUUUUCCGGGACUCGAAUCGCGGUCACGAACAUCCGCCACGGUCUGCCGCCAAUCGCUCGUUAGGUCGCGCGAAAUGUGCUGAUAUCGUUUGCAAUCCGAAACCCCCCUUCAGCAGAGCCCGUAUUUUUUUUGUGAUAUUCUCCUAUCCUGCGAAGCAAGCAAGAAGAGAAAAAAGAAGCUUCACGGGCCACCAAAUCUUUCAGUGUGUGUGAGCAGCAGCAGCGUUGUGUGCGAAAAGGAAGGAGGAAGCAGAAGGAAAAUAAUUACAUAAAGAAAAAGAAAAACCCCCGGAGGAGGAUUUUCUUCGAGUUGUGGCCUCUUGCGGUUUGCGGGGAAAAGCGGAUUAACAGCUGAGCGGUUAUUCAACCGAGUGUCCGACCGAAAGGAGAUUGUCCUCGCUCGGCAGCGCUUCCUGAACAGCUCCAAGGGCACUUCUUGUGUGACGAAGCAGAAUGUCAACUCCUGCCCGUAGACGUCUGAUGCGAGACUUCAAAAGACUCCAGGAAGACCCACCGACCGGAGUGUCUGGUGCCCCCACAGAUAACAACAUCAUGAUCUGGAAUGCUGUAAUAUUCGGUCCACACGACACACCGUUCGAAGACGGCACCUUCAAACUGACGAUAGAGUUCACCGAGGAGUAUCCCAAUAAACCUCCAACCGUACGCUUUGUAUCAAAGAUGUUCCACCCGAACGUUUAUGCCGAUGGGGGCAUUUGCUUGGACAUUCUUCAGAAUAGAUGGAGCCCAACAUAUGAUGUUUCCGCUAUUCUAACUUCUAUACAGUCACUACUUAGCGAUCCUAAUCCAAAUUCACCUGCGAACUCUAUGGCGGCACAACUAUAUAAGGAAAAUCGCAGAGAAUACGAAAAGCGAGUAAAAGCGUGUGUUGAACAGAGUUUUAUCGACUAGCCCCUUUCUCCCGAAAAGUGUCGUGUCCCUCGGUGUAAGAAUCCUCGUGUAGGGAACCUUCUGUACGGCCCUAACUUCCUUUCACUUUCCCAUCGCUGUUUCCCGGUGUCUUUUCCAUUCAGUUAAAAUUUGGAUAGUCCAAUGAAUAGUCUUCAAAUCUGCGAAUCAUUUCCAUAUUUUAACUAAACCUUCUCCGCGAGUAGAAGCUAUUAGUAGCAGACGGCGUCUUAAUACAGCAAAUCUAUCCGAGAACUCAAAAUGCCAGCCACAAGAGAUAACUAACCGCAAAAGUACUAAUAAAGGAAAAUAUAAAAAUCGUACAGUUAUGAGUAAAUAUAACGCUGUAAAAACAUUUAUUUGACAUUGUUCCCUUUCGGCAGAUGUUAAGACGAACAGAAACAAAAAAAGUUGAUAUAAAUAAUAAAACCAUACAUAAAUGUACCGACUACAAGGUGUUGAAUAUUAAUAAACAAAACCUACAAUGAUAUGUAUGACCACACUCUCACACACACGCAUGAUAACUACUGCAAGUAAAAAGAACAAAUAUGAAAAUUACAAAGGAUAACAGUGAAUAUAAGGUAGAUGCAAAAUCUGAUGACCUACUUUCAAGAAACACUUACUGAAGUGAAAUGUGAAAUAAUAAAAUUCAAGUCUUAUUUAAACCAUAAAGUUUAAUUUAAAAGCAAAAUUAUUGUACUGCAAAACUCAAGAAAAAAAUAGUAAAAUAAAGCAUAUAAAAAUGUA